UCAUUUACAAUUUAAAAAAAAAAUAACUUAAAAGAAAGUGCCACGUGUCGAUCUAUAAUUGGCCGAUGCCGUUGCCAAUAUCGUUUUCGUAAAACAGAUUUUCCCUCCAUAUAGUUUCACAUGUGUUUCCUGCUCGCUCUUCUGUACGAACAUUUCCCGAAGAGAAGAGAAUCUCAAAUCACUGUGAGUUUUUUUUCUUGGCUGAUUAUUCAACGGUUUUCCGAAGAGAAGAGAAUCGCAAAUCACCGUCUUCAGGAAGCAUCCGGAAUAUUCUAGUUGAUCUUCAGUAUAAUAGUGUUGUAGCAGAUUUUCGAAAUGGAAAGGUAUAGUAUGAUAGGACCAAUUGGAAAAGGAGCAUCGGGAAAGGUUUUUAUGUGCAAAGACGACGUAACUGAUUCAGUCGUCGCUGUGAAGUGGAUUCCAUUUGCUUCCUCAGGUGAAGGUCAACUAGUGUUGAGGGAAAUUGCUGUCUUGAAGAAGUUGAAUCAGUUGAAUCACGACAAUAUUGUCAGGUUAUUGGAUGUGGUGGAGCAAAAAGGUGGUGCCAAUCUUGUUUUCGAGUACAUGGAACGUAACCUUUCCAACGCCAUUUACUCACCGGUGGAAUUGGAUUUUUCCCGUCAUAUAAAAAGUAUUCUGUUCCAGAUACUCGAAGGUGUCUCGCAUUGUCACUCACAAAAAGUUAUACACCGAGAUGUGAAACCUAUGAACUUGCUCAUAGAUAGCGAAAACACAAUAGUAAAACUUGCCGAUUUUGGAGCCGCCAUCAAAAGUGAUGUUUCUCUUAUAUAUACCCCUACCACGGCAGGAACUCUUCAAUACAAAGCACCCGAACUCCUGAUGGCCGCCCCGUAUUCUAAUGCUGUCGACAUAUGGGCUGUGGGUUGUAUUUUCGCUGAGAUGGUGAGGAGAAGGCCUCUCUUUGGAUUUCUCAACGCUAAAGCUGUAAUGAGGGAGAUAAUCAGAAUAUUUGGUUAUCCGAAAGAAAGGGAAUGGCGGGGAGUGUCCUUAUAUAUGGUCUGGCUUUUUGGAGAAAGUCAGUGUCCUAGAAGAGCCUCCAAGAAACUUGCAGAUCUUGUCCCUAGCCUUGAACCACAAGGACUUGACCUUCUCUCAAAAAUGCUGUGCUUAUAUCCACAUAAGAGAAUUACUGCUGAUGAAGCACUUCAGCAUCCUUACUUGAGAGGUGUGAGAGCCGCUGUAGCAAAGCAGAAGCUUGGAACCGUUUCGACCACAAGGAACUGCGAUUGCUGCUGUACUUCCAUGUUUUUUUGGAUGAGGGAUCAAGAUUGAUCGAGGUUUCUAAUUCCUCUCUAUAUAGUAAAACUGUGAAUAUCGAUUUUUCAAAAGAGAAAAAAAACAUAUAAAACGGAAGCGAACAUCUUCUUG